AUGGACACAUCUCCGCCCUCACACGAGUCAUUUCCACAGAGUGUUGGCAGUUUAGCGGCGGCAUACAGAAGCCGAGGAUGGGCUGCCGAAGCCGCCGAGUUGGAGGAUGCCAUCGCGUCGGCAGAACAGAAGGCCGCAGUGGACACAACCACCGAAGCGACGACAAUAUCACUCGAAGAGAUGAGCGUGGUUGUCAAGAACUGCCUCAACCGUGGCUGGUGGACAGUCGCGGCGGAUCUCGGCGUGAUAGUGUUGGAAGCGCGCGAGACGCUCCUGGGUGAAAAGGACCUGGCGACGUUGACGGCAAUGAGUAACCUGGCCUCGGCAUAUUGGGGCCAAGGGCAAUGGGAUAAAGCGGCUGGUCUGGGAGAGCGAGUCACGAGUCUCAGGCGAAAAUCCCUGGGCGAGAAACAUCCGCAGACAUUAAUAUCCAUGUCGAAUCUCGCGGCCACCUACCGCAGCCAGGGACGCUGGGCCGACGCGCGAGCCCUCGAUUCCAAAGUCGUCGAGCUCAAAACACAGACCCUGGGGAGAGACCACCACUCGACCCUGAUUUCCAUGGCCAAUUUGGCCGUCUCCUAUGCAAGUCUCGGGCAGUAUGCCGAGGCCGAAACGAUCGAGCGUCAGCUGGUGGAAGUGGGGGAACGGACCCUGAGCGCAACAGAUACAUCCAUGCUCACAUGGAAAUCCAAUCUGGCAUCCACCUACCGCGACCAAGGCCGACUAUCCGUGGCCGAGCGACUCGAGCGCGAGGUCGUCGACGCACGCCGGGAAUCGUUGGGAACAAGCCACCCACUCACAUUGACCUCGAUGGCCAACCUAGCGUCUACCUACCGGGCCCAAAGCCAAUUAGUAGACGCCGAGCACCUUGAAAAAGAGGUUCUGACGACCAGCGAGACGGUGCUCGGCGAAACACAUCCGCAAACGCUCCUGUCUCUCAACAACCUUGCCUCGACCUACCGCGGCCAGGGCCGGCUAGAAGAAGCCAAGGACCUCGGCGUGAAGGCAAUGAACGCCAUGCAACAGGUGCUGGGAGAGCACCACCCGCACACAUUAACCGCCAUGGCAGAUCUGGCGGUGACAUAUCAUCUCACGCGACAACCACGCGAUGCCGAGAGACUAGCCUCAUGGGUUCUGCAGACUAUGAAGGCGACCUUUGGCGAGAACCACCCCCACACCCUCACGGCCAUGGCCAAUCUGGGAUUCAUAUACCAAUCACAAGGCAAGUGGGAUGGGGCCGGGGGGUUGGCAGAAACGGUCUAUGCACGGAGGGAGGCAGGGCUCGGCAAGGAUCAUCCGGACACCAUUGCAGCGCUCGAAGAUCUCAGACGAGUAGCCUGGGUCGAGGCUGCCGAUCGAAAUGAUGCGCAAAGAAGGUUGACAUAA